AUGGCUUUCGACUACUUCGACUCAGACUCGUCCUACGACGAGGAUGCCCCCCUUGACCGCAGUACAAACACCAUGAGCCUGCGCAAAACCUCGCGCCUCAAACGCCCAGUGCGCUACCGCGACGAUUUCGAGCCCAUCGACCCCGGCCGCCCAGUCUUCGUCCACCAAGACCCCAUCUUCAACAUGGACCGCGCAAAGUUCGUGCAAUGGCGCUCGCUCGAGCUCGACGAGCCCUCCCCCGGCGAGGCCCAGUACAAGAUGUGGCAGGAGCAGGGCGAGCCACGAGACGCGUUCGGGGAGCCCGUCAUACCGACGCGCGCCCCAGGUCAAGUCGCAGAGUCGCCUGGCCCUACCGUCGCUCACCUACGUCGCCAGUCCACCAUCGUCCGCCCUGACCAGUCACAGCCCGUCGUUGACUCCAUCGAGCAACGAGACGAAUUUGACGAGGUGUUUGAGGCAAAUAUGGCGGACCUUGAGGACGACGAGGAGCCUCAAACAGACGAUGACGAUGAGUCCCUUGUGAUUCAUCCUCAUCUGUGCUCAGUAUACCAGGACUGGUCCGCUCUCAGUCGCAAUGUCCAGUGGGCCAUAAUCUAUGAUCUGGCCAACGACCACGAGGAUGGAAUCACUGCGGCCGCGAAUCUGCUGGGUCUCACCCUAGACGACGUGAUCAAGUUCGUCAACAUGUACGUACGCGAGAAGACGCUUUGGGAGAACGGCACCUACCAGGACGAACCUGUCCGCCCUGUUGGUGAACUUUUCCAGCUCGACGGCGCGCAACACGAAAUCGAGCAGCCAGUGCCGGAAGCUGGAGUUGAUCAAGUCAUGCACGAGCAUGAGCUCGAAUGGCAAGAUUUCGGUGUUGGAGCUACACGAACGAUCACUGAUGCUGCAGUCGGCCCACCAAUUCUCGGAGGAGCUUACGACUUUCAAAACGAGCCCGAGCUCGAGCUCUUUCAGGAAACAAACGCUCAGGUCGUAGCUGGGAAAGAAACUGGCCAGCUUGGUGCCGAGAAAGUAGCAGAGAAAGUAGCAGAUCAUACCGGCGCUCAGGCGAACGAUGAGCAGUCGGCUCCCGUAGCGUGCCCACCUGAAUUGGAACUCCUUACCGACAGGUUCUCGAGGGAAGACAUCGCGAGUGGCCGCAGCUUCCUGACAUUUGCCGGCCUCCAGGAGUACGCCGACCGCUUUGGCCAAUGGUUUGGCACUGGAACUGCGUUCCGUGAGAUCCCGGGUAUUUUCGACGAGAACAACGAAUUCAUAUUCUCGACCGAAGACACCAAGAAGGCGCUCUACAGUGGCAACGAGUUCAUAUGGCAAGGGCCAGUUCCACAGCUCGGGAAUGGUUCUGUACAGCGCGAGGCGCUCAUGGAAGCUCUUCCUCAGGGUCCCGCGCAAGACAAGGAGCCGGUCUCCUCGCCAUUGCAGCAAUUCCAGGCUUUGGCUGAACGUGUCAACGGUCGCCCCAUCAAGAGCGGGGGGUUCUUCGAUUUCAUUCCCGAACCUGCGCAUGGUGGCCUGAGGUAUGUUGAGCCUGCCCCAGCUGCUGCGCUUGCCAAUUUCCUCGUACACGACAAAUACGACGAGAACGAAGCGGGGAGUCUCAUGCGUGAGGAGGCAGACGGCCACGCCGGCAGCAACGUUGACUGGCGAAACAACAACCGAUCCCAUGGGACAGAUGAGAAUAUGCUCCGAGGUACGUUUGGAGGUUUCGGUGACGAAGGCGCACAGCUGUUCAGCACGAGCUCAGCCAUGCGACUUUGCCCUGAGAUGCCUGGAUUUGACAACGGCAUCGCACGCCGCUUCCUUGAAUCGCACCACGACGUCGACGAAGGAAAUCACGUUACGCGCAAAAGCGUUCCACAACAGUAUCCAUCGCCUUCCCUUCAGCUCCCGCCCUUCCUUCAACCUCAUGAAGGCAUCGUGCACCCAGCGAGCAAAGCCGUCCCCGCCUUUUCUUCACUGGGGCACAACAGCAGUCACGUUGCACGCAGCGACCAGGCAUCACAGGCUCGGAACAGGGAUUCCUCGAGCGCCACGCCUAACCCCACGACAUCUCGGUCCAUCGAGACAUCAUCGAAGCCUGACUCUCUGAUCACGGCCGAUAAGGACACACACGACGCGAGUGUCACCGUCGUGCCCGCCUCAGGCGAAGCAAUUAACAACGGCGCGAAGUCAGAUGCGCAAGGCGCAGCCGAGUCUGGUCAAUUCAGCGAGAACGGCAUAGAAAUCGCAACGUUCCCGAAGUGCUAUAGCUGCUUCAAGGUCAGAGCCCGGUGUAACGGUGGUCGGCCCUGCAGCAGCUGCAUCUCCAGGAACAGAAAGUGUAAGGACGUCACAAAGGCAGCCCUGGAUGAAGAGCCAGAUAGGGCGGAGCGAGUGCUCAAAGAUAAAGCCAAAGCGGAUGCCAUGGCGGCCCAGGCUGAAAAGCCUAGCACGGCUCGAGCCACUGCUUCGACUCCCAAUACUGCGAUUUCUGCUCUGGCAGCCUCGCAUGCCGCAACAUCCGGGGUCAAGCGGAAGCAGUCAGCCAUGACUGGAGUCGCCUCGACAGACGAAGAUGAUUCUGAUCUUGACAACUUUCCGCCCGAGAAGGAAGAUCCAACAGACGGCGACUAUGGCCUCGAACCGAAGAAGAAGCGGCCGAAGAAGGGUAAUACCUCCGUUGGCAAGAAGCAAACCCCCAGCCGGGCGAAGGCGGGAGUACCUGCAACUCCAACUCCAACCAAGAGGCGAGGACCGUACCGGAAGAAGGUUGACACAUCUACGCCCAAGCCCAAUAAGCCGGUUGUUGGCGCCCCCAGUACACCGACUCCCCGGUCUGGUGGGAAUGCUUCUGCUGGUAACGUUGUUGCAGCCAAGUCUGCGCAAAAGACUUCGGCCAAGGCUCCCGCCGCCGUUAAGAACAAGUUGUCCAGCCCGUCCAAGAAUGCCGGUGGAAACAGUCUCUUAGGGGCCGAAGGAGGCAAAUUGCCCGAGGAGCUGUGGCCGGAAUCGCGAGGUGUCAGCGCCUCCCCUAUGAGGCAACAAGACAACACAGCUCCCUCUCGGCCCACAAAGCGACAGGCAGACGCGCCAUUGGAUCCUGCCCAACAACCUGCUAGAAAGAAACCGAGAGCCCCCGCCAGCCCCCUGGCUCCCCCAAGAGAGGCAAGGAGCUGGAAGGAGUUGGCGCGUAGCCACUGGACCACCGAGACUCAAGAGAACCAGCCAGAAACGGCCAACUUCUCGGUCAAGCCAGUUUUUGGCGGCGACGGGUCAUUCGACGUCUCGUUCAGCCGGUUCACAAGGAUCCACGAGCAGAUCGACCCGGAGCUCCAGCAGACCGCGAUGGCAGCGGCGCGCAAGAUCAACAGGUCAUCUGCUAGCACCGAUGAGAAGCUUUAG